AUGGAGGGUCACGACGAGAGGGAGAGGGCGGACAAAGGCUUCGCCCUGACUUACGUGGGCUGGAGCUCGCUGGACAGCCGCACCACGCUGCCCAUGCUGCCGUGGCUGGUGGCGGAGAUCCGCAGGAGGGGCGAGAGGGGCGACUGCGGUCCCGUGAUGCAGCCCCGGGAGGUCCAGCUGGUGCUCUGCCCCCCCUUCGUCCGCUGCGUGCCCUGCGCCAGCGGCAGCGCGUCCGUCUUCAUUUUCGAGCACAAGGCGCAGCUCGUCUCGCGCUUCAUCCACAACAGCAAUGACCUCUCCUACUUCGCCUACCUCCUCCGGGGCCAGCCGGACAACCCGGAGUCCGAGAUGUCCUGUCACGUCUUCAAGGCCUCCGACCCCAACCAGGUCCCAGAGGUAAUCAGUAGUAUUCGCCAAGUGUCCAAAUCGGCCCUAAAGGGGGAUGCCAAGCCUAAACAGGAAGCUGAUGAGGCCUUCUACAACUCGCAGAAGUUUGAAGUGCUUUACUGUGGAAAGGUGACAGUGGGCCACAAGAAGGCUUCGUCCACCCUCAUCGAUGACUGCGUCGACAAGUUUCGCCAGCACGAGAUUGAACGGAAGCGGCUCAGACUGUUGAACGGUCAGCGAGGGUCAACAGAGAGCGCCUCCGUGGAGUUCCUCAUGGGCGGGGAGGGAGACCCGCUGUCCUCCGCUCUCAACAAGGCUUCCGAAGACCCCGGAGCUUUGGAGGGUCCUGGAGGGGAUGACACCAACGCAGGUAAUGUCAUCUCCAGCAGCGCCAGCCAGAGCAGCCUCCGGGGGGCCUUCCCGGAGUGCAUCCUGGAGGACUCCGGGUUCGAGGAGCCGCAGGAGUUCCGCACGCGCUGCAGCAGCCUGGCAGGAAGCCUGCAAAGGAAACAAGGGGAAGUGGGCAUCAUGGGUCCCCCGCGCCGCAGACACUCCAGCGCACCAAACAAUGUCCAGCCGUCCGACUCGGACAAGAACCGCACUAUGCUCUUCCAGGUCGGGCGUUUCGAGGUAAACCUCAUAAGUCCUGACAGUAAAACAGUGGUGCUGGAGAAAAACUUCAAAGAUAUCUCCUCAUGCUGUCAGGGCACGAAGCAAACCGACCAUUUUGGAUUCAUCUGUCGGGACCAAUCGGAUCCCGGUCCCAGUCAGUAUGUGUGCUAUGUUUUUCAGUGCGCCAGCGAGUCCUUGGUGGACGAGGUGAUGCUCACCCUGAAGCAGGCCUUCUCCACGGCUGCAGCCUUGCAGAGCAACAAGACCCCCAUCCAGCUCUGUGAAGCCUGCCCCAUGCAUGACCUGCACAAGCUCUGCGAGAGGAUUGAGGGUCUUUACCCACCGAGAGCAAAGCUAACCAUCCAAAAGUAUCUCUCCCAGCUGACUGACAAUGAGCAGGCGGACAUUUUUGAACGAGUUCAAAAGCUAAAGCCAGGAUCAGACCAAGAAGAGAACGAACUGGUGAUUUUCCACCUGAGACAUCUGUGUGAAACCAAACAAAAAUCCCACCUCCACAUGGGAGAGGGUCCUCAGAAUGCAUCAAAUAGCUCGUCGACAGGGGAUGCAGCGGCCACCGGCAGUCGCUUUAAACUCGAUGUUCUUAAGAAUAAGGCUCGCACAUCCCUUACCAGCUCCCUGGAGAACAUCCUUUCAAGGGGGGCCAGCCGAAUGCGAGGCCGCUUGGGUAGCAUGGGAAGCAUGAGCAGUUUUGAAAGACAGGAUGAGGAGUCUCCUGGUCACUCGCCCCCAGGAUCCCCUCCUGGCUUCCCGGGGGAGGACCUGGAGUCUGGCAUGCAGUUCCGUCGGCGCGCUCACACCUUCAGCCAUCCACCUGUGAGGAAGCGCAUCUCUUUCGAGAGCCAGCCGACCAGCCAAAGCAAGCACGCGCCCCUGCGCAGGCAGCAGUCCGUCAACCCGGAGCUGCUGCAGAACAGUCCCGUGGCCGUUUCGAGAACGCGCAGUGUUUCGGAGAGCGAUUCCUCCUUCAGCCUCUCCUCCUCCUUCACUGCCCCCACUUUCCUGAAAAGCUUUUACCAGGGCUCCCUGGGCUCCCUGAGCUCCCUGGCAGACAGUGGGAGCUUCAAGAGCAAUGGGGAAGGCAGGAAGAGGACCCUAUCUGGUUGCAGCAGUGACUCGCUGAGUGGAGUUGUCCCUCAGACCCCACGCAGGGUCUCCUGGAGACAGAAGAUCUUCCUGAGGGUGGCCUCACCCAUGAACAAGGCCUCUGCGUCCAUGCAGGAGACAGAUCAUUCUGACGCCAGUGAGCUACUGCCUCUAUCCCCUCAUGCCAUGGACCCGAACCUGGACCCUUUAAGGCGUCUUCUGCCUCUCGCACGUGACCAGCUGUCGGACCAGAGGCCUAAGAGGACGGGAGCUGACUACCGGGCCCUCUGGAAAACCGCCAUACAUCAGCAGAUCCUGCUGCUGCGCAUGGAGAAAGAAAACCAGAGACUGGAGGCGAGUCGAGAUCAGCUGCACAUCCGCAAGAUGAAGCUCAACUACCAGGAAGUGAGCCAGAGCUCCAAGGAAGCACAGGCGCUGUGGGAGAGAAAACUGACGGCCCCGGGCAGAACCACAAAUCCACAAGACAGAGAGGCUAUAUACCGCGCGCUCUGCCAAGGUGUUCCAAAAAGCCGGCGUGGGGAGGUGUGGUUGUUCCUCUGCCAUCAGCACAGACUGCAGCACAGACUGCCCCAGCGUCAGCACGCCCCAGACACCCCCUACCAAGACCUGCUCAAGCAGCUCACCGCUCAGCAGCACGCCAUUCUGGUGGAUUUAGGCCGGACCUUCCCCACCCACGAGUACUUCUCAGCCCAGCUUGGUGCUGGGCAGCUUUCCCUCUAUAACCUCCUGAAGGCCUACUCUCUGCUGGAUACAGAGGUGGGCUACUGCCAGGGCAUCAGCUUUGUGGCUGGAGUGCUGCUGCUCCACAUGAGCGAAGACCAGGCUUUCGACAUGUUGAAGUUCCUGAUGUACGACCUCGGCAUCAGGCGGCAGUACAAACCCGACAUGGUCUCCCUGCAGAUUCAGAUGUACCAGCUCUCCAGGCUGUUGCACGACUACCACCGUGACUUGUACAAUCACUUUGAGGAGCACGAGAUUUGCCCCAGCCUCUACGCGGCGCCGUGGUUCCUCACCCUCUUCGCCUCGCAGUUCCCCCUCGGCUUUGUGUCCCGCAUCUUUGCAGCAAAACUAGCGCAGAGGCUCGUCAUUUGGAGGAGAAUUCCCACAGUGUUUAACUAUGUCGAUCUCCAGGUGGUGGAGAUGGACAUCUCAAAGCAGCUGCACGCGUACGAAGUGGAGUACCACGUCCUGCAGGACGAGAUGCUGGAGACCGGACCGCCGCCCGACGACUCUGACCGGCUGGACAAGUUAGAAAAGACAAACACUCAGCUGAAGAAACAGAAUAUGGACCUGCUGGAAAAACUUCAGGCUGCGCGGCAGAAGAUUCAGACUCUGGAGACCAGCGUGGAGAACUUCCUCUCUCGGGAGAGCAAAAUGAAGCACAUGAUUCGCUCCCUGGAGCAGGAGAGGGCAGCUCACCAGAAGACCAUCGAACGCAUGCGCUCGUGCUUCCCCCCCGACGCCCUGACAGAUGUGGAGAUGACCCAGAUCAAGACGGGGCCCAACGGGAAAGCCAAAACUGCAGCCAAGAAGCCCUGA